AUGGAUCUGCUGGAUGGAUUCUAUCAGAUCCUCACGCGUGAACGGGACAUCCCGUACACAGCAGUGAGCACCCUCAGUGGUAUGCUCUGGGAGUGGCUAGUGAUGUCACAGGGAUAA